CUCAGCUCCGCCUUAAAGACUCGCCGCAGCUCAGUUAGCGCGGAAAGCGGUGCCAGCCGGUCUUUUGAGGUUCUGCAUAUUGUCUUGAUGCAAAUUUGCGGUCGUCGGCUCAAGCUGCAAGUGGGGCAGGCAAGCAGGGGGUAGUGUGGCAUCAUGUUAGCCAAGGAGCGCAGCCUGGACGACCGCGCGCGGCGCGCGAACCUGUGGCUGGCUGAGUGCCCGCCGGUGCAAUGGCUAGCCGACAAGCUUGGGCUCCAGCCACUGGCCGUAGCAGCUGCAGGUCUUCUUUGGCUGGUGCUCUUCGUACUCUGGGGCUUCAUGGGGGAGCUGGUCUGCAAGGUGGUGGGGAACCUCUAUCCCAUGUACGCCUCCUUCCGCGCGAUUGAGGAUGAUGACCAGCAUCAGGUGAGUUCCUGGCUGGUGUACUGGGUCACCUUCGCGGCCCUCACACUGCUUGAAGGUGUGGGUGCCAAGCUGCUGUCUUGGCUGCCCUUCUACUAUGUGAUGAGGCUCUCCCUCAUCGUGUGGCUCUUCUUGCCGGCGACCCGGGGAGCAGAGGCGCUGUACUGCUGGGGUGUGGCGCCUGUGCUGAGACGGCAACGCCCGAGAGUGGACGCAGCCCUCGCACGCUCAGCGCAGCAGCUUUGUGGCACCUUUUGCUCAGAGAAGCUCGUCGAGGUGCUGCGCCAGCCGCAGUCGCAGGCCAUGCCUCUCAAGAUGGAGGAGCUCAUGGCGGAGGAGCUGGCCAAGGCCGCGGCCGCCCGACUCCUGGGCUCCCGGGCGCGCACGGCCUCGCCCAGGCCUAGCCCGGUGAUCCGCAAGAGCGAGGCGCAGCCGUUCGAUAAGGACAAGUGAUGCCAAGAGAUUCGGCCAUUGCAAUUCGCCGUGCACGUUCUGCGUUCUGCCUGCGUAAUUCGUUGCGGAGGGGGGAGUUUUCCGGACUCCGUUCCCGAUCGCGAGCCAGCAUGCAGGAAGGCUUGGCUCCAGGAUCGCGACAGCCGG